AUGGCAGGGCGGUGCCGCCCUCGACGCGGCCAUCCAGAAGCUCGGGGCGACGAAGCAGUGGAGCGCGGCGCUGCAGGUCCUCCGCGAGGCGUCCCGAGCACGCUCGGCCGCCCGCCCCGGGUGCUACCUUGCCGCCGUCGGCGCGUGCGGCGAAGGCGGGCAGUGGCAGCGGGCUCUGGCGCUGCUCGGCGACAUGUGGCAGGCAGAGGUGGAGCCCGGCGUCUCAGCUACAUGGCUGGGAUCCGCGCGUGCGAGAAGGUCGAGCAGUGGCAGCAAGUGCUGUCGCUUAUCAGGGAGAUGAAACAGACGAAGAUCGAUCCCGACAUCUUAAGUUACAACGCUGGAAUCAGCGCGUGCGAGAAAGCCGAGCAGUGGCAGCAGGCUCUUUCGCUACUCGUGGAGAUGUGGGAGAUAAUUGUAGAGCCCGACGUUACCCUGGUCAGCUACGGCGCCGAGACCGGCGCGUACGCGAGGGGUGAUCAGUGGCCGCGGGCCCUUGCGCUGCUGAGCAAGAUGCGGCAGGCGAAGGUGCAGCCCGCUGCCAUCUAUACAUCAGCUACAACGCUGGGAUGUGCGCGUGCGAAAUGGGUGAGCAGUGGCAAUGGGCCCUUUCACUGUUCGGCGAGAUGCGGGAGGCGAAGCUGGAGCCCGACGCAACCUCUCUUCAGCUACAGCACUGGGAUCAGCGCGUGCGAGAGGGGGGGGCAGUGGCAGCGGGCGCUGUUGCUGCUCAUCGAGAUGCGGGAGGCGAAAGUGGAGCCCGACGUGAUCAGCUGCAGCGCUGUCGUCAGCGCUUGCGGUAAAGCCGAGCAGUGGCAGCAGGCGCUGUCGUUGCUCCGGGAGAUGUGGGAAGCGAAGUUGGAUCCCGACGUCAUCGGCUACAACGCUGGAAUCAGCACGUGCGAUCUAGUGGGGCAGUGGAAGCAGGCGCUGUCGUUGCUCAGCGAGAUGCGGGGGGCGAGUUUGGAGCCCGACAUUAUCACUACAACGCUGCGGUGA